CGGGCGGGUGCUCGGCUCUCGUCCCGCUCCGCCCCCUGCCCCAGUCCGCAGGCUGGACUAGCGACAUUGGUAACCCUGAGCGCGAGAACUCAGGGGGUGGGAAGGUGUGAGCCGCAAGCGCAGGGGAGGGCGGGAAAGAGGAGGAGGCCUGGGGGUGGUCAGGGGGACUGGGGUCUCGCCGGCAAAGGUCCCGCGGCCUCCUGACUGACUGGCGGCUGUCUCGCUGACGGCCUCGGGCCCCGACGCUUGGAGCUGCGGGCGCGGAGAGCGGAGCCAUGGCCUCCGGUGGAUAUAACCCAUAUAUAAAGAUAAUUGAACAACCCCGGCAGAGGGGAAUGCGUUUUAGAUACAAAUGUGAAGGGCGAUCAGCUGGCAGCAUUCCAGGGGAGCGCAGCACUGACAAUAACCGAACAUACCCAUCUAUCCAGAUUAUGAACUAUUAUGGAAAAGGAAAAGUAAGAAUUACAUUAGUAACAAAAAAUGACCCAUAUAAACCUCAUCCUCAUGAUUUAGUUGGAAAAGACUGCAGAGAUGGCUACUAUGAAGCAGAAUUUGGUCAAGAACGCAGGCCUUUAUUUUUUCAAAAUUUGGGUAUUCGAUGUGUUAAGAAAAAAGAAGUAAAAGAAGCCAUUAUUUCAAGAAUAAGUUCAGGAAUUAAUCCUUUCAAUGUCCCUGAACAACAGCUGCUUGAUAUUGAAGACUGUGAUCUCAAUGUUGUGAGACUGUGUUUUCAAGUUUUCCUCCCUGAUGAACUUGGUAAUUUGACAACAGCUCUUCCUCCUGUUGUCUCUAACCCCAUUUAUGAUAACCGUGCCCCAAAUACUGCAGAAUUAAGGAUUUGUCGUGUAAACAAGAACUGUGGAAGUGUCAGGGGAGGAGAUGAAAUAUUUCUACUUUGUGACAAAGUUCAGAAAGAUGACAUAGAAGUUCGUUUUGUGUUGAACGAUUGGGAAGCAAAAGGUAACUUUUCACAAGCUGAUGUACACCGUCAAGUAGCCAUUGUUUUCAAGACUCCUCCAUAUUGCAAAGCUAUUACUGAACCAGUAACAGUAAAAAUGCAGCUGCGGAGACCUUCUGACCAGGAAGUUAGUGAAUCUAUGGAUUUUAGGUAUCUGCCGGAUGAAAAAGAUACUUAUGGCAAUAAAUCAAAGAAACAAAAAACAACUCUACUGUUCCAGAAACUGUGGCAGGAUUGUGUCAGUUUUCCUGAGAGAACAAGACCUGGUCCAGUAGGGUCAAUUGAAGAAGGAAGAUUCAUCAAAAAAGAAUCAAACUUGUUUUCUCAUAGUACAGUUUUGGCAGAAAUGCCCAGAUCUUCAGGAGUUUCUAGUCAAGGAGAAUCCUACUAUUCUUCACCUGUGCCCAUCUCCAGUGGAUUGUCACAUCAUGCUUCAGCCAUAUCUGCAAUGGUACCUCAGCCUCCUUCAAGCUGGUCAUCGAUGGCCCACCCUACCUCACGCUCAGUCAAUACAAAUCCAUUGAGUAGUUUUUCAACAGGGACACUUUCCACUAAUUCUCAAGGCAUCUCAUCAUUCCUGGACAUGCCUAUUGGUGAUGUAAAUGCUUCUAAUGCUUGCAUUUAUAACAAUACUGAUGACAUAGGCAGAAUGGAAUCAUCAUCCAUAUCACCAGCUGACUUAUAUGGUAUUUCUGAUGCCAACAUGCUGCCUAAUUGCCCUGUGAAUAUGAUGACAACCAGCACUGAUAACAUGGGGGAAACUGAUAACCCAAGACUUGUGAGCAUGAAUCUUGAAAACCCCUCAUGUAAUUCAGUGUUAGAUCCAAGAGACUUGAGGCAGCUCCAUCAGAUGUCCUCUUCCAGUAUGUCAGCAGGCACCAGUUCUGGUACUGUUUUUGUUUCACAAUCAGAUGCAUUUGAGCGAUCUGACUUCAGUUGUGCAGAUAACAACCUGAUAAAUGAAUCAGGACCAUCAAAUGGUACUAAUCCAAACAAUCAUAAUUUUGUUCAAAAUAGUCAGUAUUCAAGCAUUGGCACAAUGCAAAAUGAACAAUUGAAUGACUCCUUUGCAUAUGAUUUUUUUUAAGUAUGUAUUUCUUUUAUGACAUUCUUAAUGUAUUCUUAAAUGAACUAACUAAUAUUUGCUUUCAAGCAAAUUUAAGGUAAAACCUGUAAUGACUGUGUCAUUGGAAAAAUAUAUUCUUGAUUAUUUUGAUGCCCAUGGGCCAAAGUGACCCCUAUGGGGUUUUCUGAGACUUCUUGGAGUUUCUUAGAUUUAUAUGUACAUCAAAACUUCUUUAAAAUGUUAAAUUGGAGAAGGCAGUUGAAGUAAGCUUUCAAGGUAUGGGAGGUUUUCUACCUUUUAUAACAUUUACAUCCAUAUCUUCAAAGUGGCUUUCAAUUUUAGUUUUACGCCCAUAUUUUCAAGAGGAAGAAGUUUCCUUGGACCUUUUUUUUUCUUAGGUGUCUUCAUUCCCUGUGAUCUCAUUAAACUGCCUAUUUGAUAGCUUUAUCUAUAAAUUAAUUAAAGCUCAAACUCAACAUAUCCAAACCUGAAUUCUUGAUUUUUCCCUCCCAGACUUGCUUCUCCUUCAGUCUUCCCCAACUCAGUAAAUGGCAAUGCCAUGCUUCUGGUUGCUCAGGCCAAAAACCUUGAAGUCAUCCUUUAUCUUUUUUUCUUUGAUCUCCCAUAUCUGAUCAUCAGCAAAUCCAGUAGGCCUUGCCUUCAAGAUAUGUCCAACACUGUCUUUUGACCUCUACUAUUAGCACCCUGUUCCUAGCUGUCCUCGUCACUUAACCUGGAUUAAAGCUGUAACCUCCAAAACCUUCCUUACAUCCUUGAUGUAGCCAGAGUAAUUACUUUUAAAACAUGUCAAAUCAUAUUUGCUCAAAACCAUCCAGCUGGUCUCCAUCUCAGAGUAAGGGUCAUAGUGCUUAAAAUUAGCAGGCCUAGGCACCCUUUCCUACCCCAUGUAUUAUCAUUUCCCCCUCCUCAUGCAGCUUCAAGCACUCUGACCUUAAUGCUCCUCCUCAGAGCACCAGGUACAUCCCUGCCUGAUACACUUUGUACUUGGUAUUACUUGGUAUUACUCUGCCUUAAAUGUUCUCUCACUAUAACUGUGAUUACUGAGCAUUUGUUCACUAUUUGUUUCCUUUACUGGUAUAUAAGCUCCAGGAGGAAAGAAAUUUUUGUGUUUUGUUUACUGUUGAAUCUCCAGUUUGUAGAACAGUCUGCCUCACAUUAAGCACUCAGUAAAUAUUUAUUGAACAUUUAGUGUAUUAUUAAUAGAACUUUUGUUUUUUGAAAGAAAUAGCUUUAAUUACUAGAUUUUUAUAGUUUUUACAUUUUGUUUGAUGUUACAUUGGUUUUUAUUUAGAAUCAUUCAAGUCCAGUGUUAAUAAUGAUAUUCCAAAUUGUUUAAAAGCAAAAUAAUCCCAGUGGCAAAAUGGUGGCAGAAUUUGGCCAUUAAUCUCAAUUGUGAUGGAAUUAUCAUUAUGCUAGGUAAUAUAUUAAAGAUCUAGUUUAUCUUACAGGUAGGACCUACCCUAAAUAUUAAACAUAUUCUCAUCUAGAAAUUGCAUCAUUUCACUUGUACAAAGUACAAUCAAACAAGUUUACAUAAAUUAGUUUAUUACAUCAAAAUGGGGUAUGUGUGAAUGCCAUGUAAAUAAAAAUUCUCGAUUGACUAUUACUGGAAGUUAGCCAGAAGAGCAAGAUAAGACUAGGGUCAGAAUAGUCCAGAAAGCAAAAUAAAAAAAAUGAGAAACACACAAAUACCAUUACUAUCUCUCAAGUUUUGAUUUCAAAAGAAAAUAUCUGUCAUAUGAAAUUCAAAAAUCAUAAGCACUUAAUAUAGUUUUAGUAGAAAAAGAAAAACCUUAAGGUACAAUUUUUUUUUUUUUUUUCUGCUCAGAAUAUGAACCCAGGGUAUCUCCAGAUGGUGAUUGGUAAGUGGUGAGUUUUUUUAAAAAUACAGAAUCUUAAUAAUUUUGUAUUAGCACUGAUGAUUUUAAAUACUUAACUGUUAGGUCAGUGAAUUUUAACUAAGCAUUGAGUUGUUUUGCAGCUUUUCCCACUAUAAACUGAAUUAGGGACUGUCAUAUCUGUGUUUAGAGCAUUUCAGUUUUUCAUUUUUCAGGUGCUAGUUACUGACAAUAGAAUUUAUAACUUAAAAUACAUUUGGCUACAAGUUUUUUCUUUAUCUCUAAAUGUGUCUGGACUUUGACUUUAGCUUUGACUUUUAGUUUAGUGCUCUUCCUAUCUAACCUCCAUUUGUUGCAUUCAAUCCCUCCUCCUCCUUUAGCUCCCAUCUCAUUUCCAGUAUCAUGUCACCAUUUAGUUCUUCCUUUCUUUGUGUAAACAUGGCAGAUGUUUUCUCCAGCCUAAAAAAGACCAAAACAAGCAAAAACCAACAACAGCAAAAACCUUUCCUACCAUGCUCCUUCCUUCCCUUCCUAUCUUGAUUUCAAAAGUGCUUGCCUCUUCAUUUCCUCACUUCUGUCCUUCCUUGUUUAUCAGUCUGUCUUUUGCUCCUACUGUUUUCUGUGAUAUACUGGGAAAGGUGACCAGAGACUAACCCCAUUGUCAAAAUCUAGUGUCUUUUUUAUCAGUCAUUAUUCUGCUUGCCCUUUUUACAACCUACCUAUUGACCACCCUGCUAUGGAUACUCCUGUGGCAUUCCUGUGGUAGACAGGAUUUCUGAGGUCUGUUUUUCCUUUAGAGCUCCAACCCUAGUCUUCAGUUGGUGCUGGUUUUUCCCCCUGUGCAAUCUUAGUGCCCAUAGCUUCAGCUUUGUAACUACCUGAAUGUACUUACAAACUGGUGUCUCCUCUGCUUUCCUUAAUGGCAUUACCAUUUACCCUGUUACCAAAGAUUUAUUAUUAUCUUUGUCAUAUCAUAUUUAAUUGAGUUCCUCUGAAUAUGCUAUUGAUGAAAUCGUUUUCAAUUGUUAAAACUACUUUUUAUUGUACAGAAUGUUUACCUUUGUAAUAUCUUUGUAUACAGUGAUUUUUUUCUUGAUAAAUAAAUGAAAAAAUUCUA